AUGCCGGCCCACACGGUCAUGUCCCUGCUGCUGGCAGCCUUUCUUCUAGUGGAAACCCCGAAGGCCUGGAGCCACCAGGUCUCCCGCCGUGACCUCUUCUCACGAGAGUCCCCCCUGGAUAUGGCACCAGCCUCCUUUGACGAUCAGUAUGCAGGUUGUGCUGCAGCCAUGGAGGCGGCCCUCCCUGACCUCAACCACACUGAGUUCAAUGCAAGCCCAGUCUAUGCUGAGGCCUGGAAAUCAGCAGCUGCCCGUUGGCAGGAGCGCCGGGACUGGGAGCUAAAGGGGACCCCUACCUCCCGACGGCUGCCACCGCCGGGCUUCAGGGACGAACAUGCCGUGGCCCUCCUGGCCUACACUGCCAAUAGCCCCCUGCACCGAGAGUUCAAUGCAGCGGUGAGAGAGGCUGGCAGAUCCCGGGCCUAUUACCUUCGAUAUUUUCCUUUUAAGACACUUCACUUUCUGCUCACAGAGGCCCUGAGACUGCUGGGCUCAGGGCAGCAGCCCAGGUGCCAUCAGGUCUACCGGGGCAUACAUGGGGUCCGCUUCCGGCCUGUGGGGCCAGGGGCCACUGUCCGCCUAGGAGCCUUUGCCUCAGCUUCCCUUAUGGAUGCUGCUGCCCACCAGUUUGGAGAGGACACCUUCUUUGGCAUCUGGACUUGCCAGGGGGUAGUUAUUAAAGGCUAUUCCUUCUUCCCCGGGGAGGAGGAAGUGCUGAUUCCUCCCUAUGAGACUUUCCUUGUGGUCAAUGCCUCGAUGCCGGCUCAAGGCCCGGUCCGCAUCUACCUCAAGGCCCGGGACAAGGCCAGCACCUUUAACUGCGAGUAUAUCAAAGACAAGCAGUGCACUUCAGGACGCUGCAAACAAAAUAAUUCAGCAUCAGUAAUGAGGAUGGAGCCCUUCUCCCCAUCCCAGCAACUCCUGCCUCUGCUCUGGCUCCUCGUGAUGUUGAUAUCUCUUGACCCCCUAAGUCUCCUCUGA